AUGGCUUCAUAUGUCACGGUUUCCGAGGCCACGACCCUGUUUGUCAUGUCCACAUCGACCACGAUCGCCUUCCUGGUGGAAGGCCCUGAGGGCAUAUUUCUCGGGCGUGGGAAGCUUUUGCUGAAAGCCAAGUGUCCGAAGCUGCAGAUCGGCUCCCAUACAGCAUCACUUGCGCUGUCCUUUGCGGGGCCCGCCGUGGCACAGUCUACGCAGGGCUACGUCUGGGCGGCCCCGCUGAAACUGCAGGUGCCCGUGCAACCAGCCUGCGCCCCGACCUACGCUCGGGGCUGGCAGCCGGUGCCGGUCAGAGUGACUCGCCGCACGUUUCGCGUGGUGGGAAGCCCAGUGCCAGGUCCCUUCAUGAUGACCCGGCGCACGCUGGGCGUGGUGGUCAAGCCGGCACGAGUGGUGGUGAGUGCAGCUGCGCCGACGCACCUGCCUCACCUACUCGGGUCGGCCAAGGCAUCGGCUCUGUCGUGCCCCGUGAAGGGGCCUCCCAAAGCUGGAGUAGAGCCGGCUGAGACAUCUGAGUGUGAGAGAAAGGAAGCGGCAAUUCCCGAAGAGGCGAUUCCUGAGGCCUCUGCCCCAGCUUCCGAGAUGGUCCACCCAAAGGGUCGGCCUGUCUCCUAUGGCCCGGCAAGCCCUUUCCUCAAAAUUGAGGAGGGAGCCGAUGACGCCGACAACGACGAGCCAAAGGCCGCUCCGAAACCGGCUCCGAAUCCCGCUCCGGAGCCUGCAGAGCUCACCCAGCCACCGCAGGAGGCCCCAGAAGAACUACCAGGCCAGGCUGAGGCCUUGGAAGCGCUCAAGGCGCUGAUGGCAGAGCUCGGCGGAAUGGGCUUCAAGGUCCCCAAGAAGCCGACGGGCGAACCAGAGGUGGGAGACCUUGUCGUACUCAGCGACACAAUCAAGCCGGAGAGUUUGCGACUCCGGUACGCCGUCAUCAUGAAGGUGCACGAGAAGCACUACACGGCAAGAACCCUCGCAGAAGACAAGGCGACGUUGCUCGAGGAAUGCUGGCCCAACAUGGACGAUGCCGUGCUCGAGAGCACAGUCGGCCGUCUAGGAAGCCGAGUCCGCGUCAUCGAAGGGCCCAAUGCAGGCUGCACUGGCAAGGUGGCCAAGGCGCCCGGCCACCCGAUGUUUCCAACAUUCCGACAGUUCAGGAAUGGCGAAGUGCAGUACAUCAUCAAUGUGACCUUGGAUGGCGGCAGGGACGCGCUGUUCCUCCUCACGGAGCUCCGCCAAAUUGAGCAGUAG